CAUAGAGGAUUCUUAUUCGUGGCGACGGCAGACAUGGAGGAGCUGAGCGCGGUGGGCGAACAGGUUUUUGAUGCGGAAUGCAUCUUAAACAAACGACUCCGGAAGGGAAAGUUGGAGUUUCUGGUGAAGUGGAGGGGAUGGUCAUCCAAACACAACAGCUGGGAGCCCCAAGAAAACAUCCUUGACCCGAGACUGUUGGCUGCGUUCAACAAGAAAGAGCAAGAAAAGGAGCUCCUGUUGCGCAAUAAAGGGAAAAGGCCAAGAGGAAGACCACGGAAAAUCUUAGAAAACGUGCCAGAAUCUACGAAAUCAAGCAGCUCUUCGUCCGGCUCGUCGUCGUCCUCCUCCGACUCGUCAUCCUCGUGCUCCUCCGACUCGUCCUCGUCGGAGGAUGAGGAGGACGAAGACACCAAACAGAUGAACCCGGCUGUCAGAACCCGAGACCACCAUCCGGUCCCACAGAAGAAGGCGCAGAUCGUUGUGGCCAAACCGGAGCCGCCAAAGAAACGGAGCAGGAAACCUCCGACCCCCGAAGUGAAGGAAUUCCAACAGAGCAAGAGCCUUCGUAAACUCGUCAGCGCGUCCAAAGACGCCGAUCUGCCCGGAGCGAUUAAAAAGCCCGUUCAUCCUGCGAGUUUCACCUUCAUGGGCUUCCACCGAGGCUCGCCGAGAGACGCGGUGGGACAGACCAGGGGGUCUCAGGCACACGGUGGGGCUGUAAAAAACUCCAUGAGCUCUGUGGGAUCCGGCAGGUCGGUCCAGCCUUCCUCGCACUCUCUGAACAAAUCCAGCCAGAGCAGGAAUGUCACCGAAGGCAAAUUGUCCGUCUGCGGCGUGAAUACUGGGACAAGUCUGGAUUUAAACACAGCUGCUGGGAAAUCAAAAGGGGUGGCAGCGUUGAAUUUGAAUACAUCCAAACACCCCAUUCAAGGAACCACUCAGCAUACUCUGAGCUCCCCCAAUGGACAAAAGAAACCCCAGGGCCCUGUGUCAGCACUGCAGCGGAUACCCAACACCAAAGCGGUGGCUUCUGUUCCAUCCAAGAACUCCUCCUCCAAUCAAGGCUCUGGCCCUCAGCCCCUCAACCUCCAGAACAAACCGGCACAAAGCAAAGACUCCCCGGGAAAUGGAGCCACGCCAGUGUCAGGCCUGAGAAACACGGCCAACCCUGCGAGGAAAAGCAGCGUCCCACAAAACCAGGAUUACAAUCCUCCAAAGAGUCCGGCGACUCCUGGAAGAAUGCAGGCCAAGAAGAACCAGCCCGGAGCGGACAAGGUCAAGGAAGUGACAGAAAUCCAGUCCUCGAGAGUCCAAGGGAGGCUGGAGAAGAGCGGCGUGCUCAAGUCCUCCGCAGAGGCUCCGAGCCAACAAGGCAAGAAGGCCAAAAUGAACGACAUGAGCACAGGCGAGGAGGAGAGCAGUUCAGACUCUGACCACGACUCGUCCUUCAUCGGGCAGGAUCGCUCUGUAAUCCAGAACCAGGACUGGAAACCCACGCGGAGUCUGAUAGAGCACGUGUUUGUAACGGAUGUCACGGCUAACCUAGUUACCGUCACGGUCAAGGAGUCGCCGACCAGUGUGGGCUUCUUCAGCCUCCGCAACUACUGACCAGGAUCCCGAGACACUACCGAGAACCAGAGGAGCUUUGAAGGAACUGGAUAAAACCCUGAGGAACACGUCAGGGAACGGAGGUCAAUUUGUUUCCUUUAUAUUUUCUUAGAAGAAGACUAUAAUUUUAGAUUAAAAAGAAAGGAAGAAAAAAGGGAUGGACGUCAGUUUUUGAUUGUUAUUUAUUUUCUACAAAUUGUGUGAGAAAUGGAAGCGGAGGAAGGGCAACGUCUCAACAACUCUCAGCGAGUCCGCAAUUGCAUCGUUACUGGUGGGGGGGGUGUGUUUGGAGGGGAAAACAUCAAAAGAACGUAAUCAAUUCUCAGAUUAUGAGAUUAUCUCCUCCGUCACUCAGCAGAUAAAUAAAUGUUGCGAUGAACAAACUUUCAAAUAAAAAUCGACAGGAGUGAGCGGGAGCUUCUUUUUUACGGCAGACGCGUAGAAUCCAUAUCAAGCAGUAGUUCAAUGUUAACCACUUUUAAUUCAUAGUACAUAGAAGUGUUAUUUUACUGUUUUUGUGAAUUAGCUACCUCUGUUUUUUUGUUUUUGGACAUCUGCUGCAAAUGUAUAUUCAUUUCUUUCUUCAGGGAGAGGAAACGCGUUCCCUCCAGGGUAAAAAAACUGUCAUCGUGUCUAUGUUUUUGUUCUUUUUGAUUCUUUUUCGUACCCGGAAACCAGUUUGAGCAGCUUUGUUUGGCGCAAAACUCUCUACGCACGUGGGUUUUUGUUGAAUUUUCACGCCGUACGACUCAUUUUCAUACCAGAAACCCGCUGUGAGCAGCUUUGUUUGGCUAAAAACAAACCUACAAAACUCCACAGUGCUGCCCAGUCUAUCCGUGGCGGGUUGUUGCAUGUCGGGGAGUUGGAUACAGUAUCUCUGGUGCUCAGAUAAGACUUGUGGUUUUGCCGGGGUGGCUUUUUUAUUUUUUUGCCUCUGCAUUGUGGCAUUCACUGGCAGCUUGUAUCUUCUCUGGCUUGUAAUUAAUACGGACAAAAAAAAAACCACAAUAAGAGCUUGGGUCGACGCGGCUGGAUGCUCGCGGACAGUGUACCUGUCGGAGCUCCUUCUUUGAGAUUGCCAAAGGCAUCGUCUUUCAAAUUGGGGGGAAGAAGUGGACAAAGCCUGACCAUGAAACCGCUGAGCAUUGUUUAUCCCGGACCACGAAACACUCGCAUGUCAUUGUUUCUCUUAGCGCUAAAAAAAAUACCAGUCUUGAUUUGUCUUUUUGUUUUUGAGUGUUUUCCCCUCCUCGCAGCUGCAGACUCAGUCUCAUUUCCACCCCGCCUGCAUGGUUUUCAGGAGCUGCAGGCCCAGCCUCUGAGAGAGAGAGGUCCUUAUCUGAUGUAACGGAAAAGAAACCACAACAAUGUGCCGCUACUUUCUACUCCCACGAGAGGAGUUCGGCAACAAAGCACUUCGACUGAACUUCUUGUGUCUAAUCCUGCUCUGCAGACUGUGCCUUUCUUUCCCUCUCACAGACUAAAAACACAAAAAGGCCGUUACCCCCCAAAGAUAGCUAGAGUUUCAGGUCGGUCAAUAACGGAGUAUCCCUGGACUUGUACCAUUGUUUUUCUGCUUACAUUGUUGCCGGAAGACUUUUUUCGAUGCCAUUCUUGAAGCGAUACGAGGUCUUCUGGUUCAACAUAUAGAAGUAUGUUUUGUUCAUGAUAAGCAGAAUAACACACAGUCUCAUAUUCCAUGUGUUAGAUGUUAGGUUGACACAUCAGGGUUCUGUUUUUUUCUUCCACUACCGCGUGCUAGAUGUCGGGGUAACGCGUCCGCUUUUGUUCAUUAAAAAGUAAUAAUCCUAUUUUUUCAGUUAUGGUGUUUAUUUUUCUAGAUGUACUAACCAUUUCAAAAGGAAUGUUGUUCUCUAUUUAUUUCAAAAUAAGAGCCUUUCAGGGUAGGGGACAGGUGUGUCGUCGUCAAUCCUUGUAUUGUGCCACUUGUCAAACUUGACUAAUAAAGGGUACAACCUUAA